AUGAAAGAGCUUGCGGAGGAGGUUCAACUUCUCGAAGAGGAGCAACGCAAGUUUGAUGAACGCUACCUCGUGCUAUCUGGGGAGAAGAAUGAUGUAGAAGAUCAGGUGGCAACUCUAGAUGGGGAGGUUCUUCAUAAGGGGGUGGUUCGUAUGGUGGACCUUGUUGUUGAGAGUCGUAAGUUCAUGCUUGGGAUUCGUCGUGUGAUGGUUGUGUGUGUGGCUACUGGUAUAGAGAGGGAGAAGCAAAUGGCACAUGUGUGGUCGGCUGGAAGCGGUCCUGGCUCGUCUGAUCUGGACGCUGCAACAUGGCUUAUCGAUGCAAUGCAUGCUGCCAUCAGGGCUUUUCCAAGAUGGACUUCGUGUAUUAUCUCCAUUUGGGCGAGCUCUUCCUUGCUGAUCUUCGCCAACUAUGCUCAAAAGAGGAGGAUCUCGUUUCAAACGGUGGUUUUGAGGGCGUUGCCUCGACUCAACCUCGCCAAGGAGCUGAACUCAUGGAGUUGGCGAUUGGGGUCUGCUACUCCUCAUACUCAAAACGCCGAUGAUUUUAAGAACAACAAUAUCCGCUCUUCCUCCUCGAUAGGUCGGUUCUGGGGUUUUGAAACUAUAUGGCUCAAGUUAGAGGUUGAAGAUCAGAAAUCGAAGGUUGACGGUCAGAUUUGGGAUUAG